AUGUUGAAGCUCCCAAUUAGGCAGCUAGCAACGCGUUUCCCGCAAACUUGUAGAAACAUUUUGGGAUGUCGCUUUGCUACGACGGAUACCGCCAAACCAGAAGAGUCGGAAGCAUCUGUUCAAAGCCAGCUCAGCGAAAAUGAUAUGAAAAGGUUAAACCACAUUCGUAACAUUGGUAUUUCUGCUCAUAUAGACUCAGGAAAAACUACGUUUACUGAACGCGUUUUGUUUUAUACUGGACGAAUUAAAGAUAUUCACGAGGUCCGUGGUAAAGACAACGUUGGUGCUAAGAUGGAUUCAAUGGAAUUGGAACGUGAAAAAGGUAUUACUAUUCAAUCCGCCGCUACUUACUGUACUUGGAGUCGUACCCUCGACCAAAUUCAAAGUGAAAAGCAACAAGGAAAUCAAACUCCCCAAGAAUAUAGCGUAAACAUUAUCGAUACUCCAGGCCAUAUUGAUUUUACUAUUGAAGUAGAGCGUGCUUUGCGUGUUUUGGAUGGUGCUGUCCUCGUUCUCUGUGCUGUUUCUGGUGUUCAAUCCCAAACAAUUACUGUGGAUCGACAAAUGAGAAGAUACAACGUUCCUCGUGUUUCUUUCAUUAACAAAAUGGACCGAAUGGGUGCAGAUCCUUGGAAGGUAAUUCAACAAAUCAAUACAAAGUUGAAGAUCCCCGCUGCUGCAGUACAAAUCCCUAUCGGAAGUGAAAGUGAAAUGAAAGGUGUUGUUGAUCUCAUUCACAUGCGCGCUAUCUACAAUCAUGGUGAAAAAGGUGAAAAGGUUGAAUUUGCUGAUACUAUACCCGAGAACUUGCAAGGGCUUGCCCAAGAGAAACGUUCUGUUUUGAUUGAAAAGUUGGCUGACUUGGAUGAACACAUCGCAGACAUGUAUGUAAUGGAAGAAACACCAUCUUCAGAGCAAUUGGUGCAAGCGAUUAGAAGAACAACCCUUGCUCGUAAGUUUACUCCUGUCUUGAUGGGAUCUGCUUUGUCAAACAUUGGCGUUCAACCAGUUUUGGAUGCUGUCUGUGAUUACUUGCCUGCGCCCUACGAAGUAGAAAAUGUUGCAUUGAAUGCAGCUGAAGCCGAAAAGCCUGUUACCCUGAUCCCAAGCAGCACAAAGCCACUCGUUGCACUCGCAUUCAAGCUAGAAGAGGGCCGCUUUGGUCAAUUGACUUAUUUACGUGUUUAUCAAGGUUCCUUGAAGCGUGGUGGUUACUUGUACAAUGUAAACUCAACUAAAAGAAUUAAAGUCUCUCGUUUAGUCCGCAUGCACUCAAAUGAUAUGGAAGAAGUUGAAGAAACUGGAGCCGGUGGUAUUGGUGCCAUGUUUGGCAUUGAAUGUGCCUCAGGAGAUACCUUUACUGAUGGUUCCGUUCAUUAUACUAUGUCUUCCAUGUUUGUUCCUGAACCAGUUAUUUCGUUGUCUCUAAAGCCAAAAAGUAAAGACACUUCAAACUUUUCAAAAGCUUUGAAUCGUUUUCAACGUGAAGACCCAACGUUUAGGGUUAAACUUGAUGCAGAGUCGAAAGAAACAAUUAUUAGUGGAAUGGGAGAACUCCAUCUAGAAGUAUACGUUGAGAGAAUGCGCCGUGAAUAUAGGGUAGAAUGCGAUACAGGAAAACCACGUGUCGCCUUCCGUGAAAGUUUGACCAAAAAGGUACCUUUCAGUUAUUUGCACAAAAAGCAAUCUGGUGGUGCAGGCCAAUAUGCUAAAGUGGAAGGGUAUAUUGAAUACAUGGAUGCAAAGGAAGAUGAUGCUGGUAAUGUGGUUGAUUUUGAAUUUAUCAACAAAGUCACUGGUGGUGCUGUCCCCUCUCAAUAUAUUCCAGCUUGCGAGAAGGCAUUCCGCGAAAGUCUUGAAAAGGGAUUCUUGAUUGGGCAUCCCAUAAAGAAUUGCCGAUUUGUUUUGGAAGACGGUGCAUACCAUCCAGUGGAUUCUUCCGAGCUUGCUUUCCGUAUGGCAACCAUAACUGCAUUCCGUGGUGCAUUCUUACAAGCCGAUCCAAUUAUUCUGGAGCCCAUUAUGAAUGUCAGUAUCACUGCUCCUGUUGAACACCAAGGAGCUGUUAUUGGCAAUGUCGAUAAGAGAAAAGGAACCAUUGUUGACAGUGAUAUUGGAGAAGAGGAAUUCAGUUUGUUGGCUGAAGUCCCCUUGAACAACAUGUUUUCUUAUUCCUCUGAUAUUCGUGCAUUGACUAAAGGAAAGGGUGAGUUUACUAUGGAAUUCAUGAAAUAUUUGCCCGCACCAAGAUAUGUCCAAAAAGACCUGAUUACCGAAUACAACAAACAACAACAAAAAUAA